UUCGCCGUCGAAGGGUCGUUUCCGAGCUCCGCCGACCGAGUCGUUUUUCCCCGUGAGGACGCUUCUCUUCGUUUCGUCAGGGACUCGGGGGGACUCGGUGCCUCGUAGUUACUCGUGCCGGUGAAGGAUAUGGUCGUUCUCGGUGAGAACGCAGUUGAAGGCAGUCAGGACAGCCACAAGUGAGAAUCGGAGGCUCAGGAUGAACGACGUGCAGAACGAGGACAUGGAGGCCGCCACUCAGGACACGGGCAACUACGUGCUUCGUCUUCCUCGGUCGCUCAAUCUCGAGGAGAAGAAGUACCUGUUGGCCGUGGAGAGGGGCGAUCUACCCAAUGUAAAGAGGCUGCUACAGGUUGCGAACAAAGGCAAGGGGAGACCGCUGGACAUGAAUUGCGUGGACAGCCUGGGUCGCGGUGCCUUAACGUUGGCGAUAGAAUCGGAGAAUUUAGAAAUGGUCGAGUUGCUGGUUGUGAUGGGAGUCGAGACCAAGGACGCCCUGCUCCACGCCAUUGAUCAGGAAUUCGUGGAGGCGGUCGAGCUGCUGUUGGAACACGAAGAACUUCUUACGGCGAACCAAUUGAUUGAACAAGAUUCGGAUAAGGAGAUUAUACACAGCUGGCAGAAGGUAGACGCGGCAUCGGCUAGAUAUCCGGUGGACAUGACACCCUUGGUGCUCGCGGCGCAACGCAACAAUUACGAGAUCCUGAAGCUUCUACUCGACAGGGGAGCCACCCUGCCGAUGCCGCACGACGUGAGGUGCGGCUGCGACGACUGUCUUCAGGCGGCUACUUGCGACCCGUUGAGAUUAUCGUCCACCAGGAUCUCCGAGUACAAAGCAUUGGCCAGUCCAAGUUUAAUAGCGCUGAGCUCCAGCGAUCCUCUGAUGACCGCUUUCCAGCUGAGCUGGGAGCUCAGGGAGUUGUCAGUAUCGGAACCGGAAAGCAGAGCCGAGUACUUGAAACUGCGGCGGCAAGUGGAGAAAUUCGCCGUGGACCUGUUGCAACACGUGCGGACCACCACGGAGCUGGACACCAUUCUAAAUUACGAUCCCGAGGAGAAAAACGCCGAACUCAGCAAACAGCUGGCUCGAUUGGAACAAGCCAUAGAGUACAAGCAAAAGAGAUUCGUCUCGCAUUCUCACGUUCAGCAACUGUUGGCGGCGAUUUGGUACGAAGGCGUGCCCGGAUUUCGAAGAAUGUCCACCACGCAGAGAGUGGGUAUCCUCCUAAAGACGGCGGUCCUAUUUCCCUUUUUUUGCAUCAUGUACUACUUGAUGCCCGAGUCCAAGACCGGCCGGCUCAUGCGAAGACCCUUCAUGAAAUUCCUCGUUCACGCCUCGUCUUACUUGUUUUUCUUGUUCGUACUCAUGCUGGUGUCGCAGCGUGCGGAAGUCGAGAUUGUCAGACUCCUGGGCACUCAGGAAAUGAAGAGAAAUCUGGAGGCUUAUUUGGCGAGGCAAAGAGGCGCCGCCCCUACACCUCUGGAAGGUAUCGUCGUGCUGUACGUCGUCGGAUUCGUGUGGGAAGAAAUAAGAGAGGUAUACGUGGACGGUCUGAAGGCUUACUUGCGGGACAUGUGGAACUUCAUCGACUUUACGAGGAACAUGCUGUAUCUAGCGACCGGCCUUCUCCGGCUGGCGGCUUAUCUUCAGCAACGCGCCGAAAUAGGAAUGGACCCGUCCGCCGCGCUGAUACCGCGGGAGAACUGGGGCGACUUCGACCCACAGCUGAUCGCGGAGGGCCUCUUCGCGGCCGCAAAUGUCUUCAGUGCUUUGAAGCUUGUACAUCUCUUCAGCAUCAAUCCCCACCUGGGACCUCUUCAGAUAUCACUGGGCAGGAUGGUGAUCGACAUCGUCAAGUUCUUUUUCAUCUACACCUUGGUAUUAUUCGCCUUCGCCUGCGGCCUGAAUCAACUUCUGUGGUAUUUUGCCGAAUUGGAGAGGCAGAAAUGUUACAGCGGAAUGUUGGAUCCCUCGUGGGACGCCGGCAGUGACGCCUGCUUAAGAUGGAGAAGAUUCAGCAACCUGUUCGAAUCGUGCCAGAGUCUCUUCUGGGCCAGUUUCGGCAUGGUCGGCAUCGAGACCUUCGAACUUACCGGAAUCAAGUCGUACACUCGAUUUUGGGGCCUGCUAAUGUUCGGAUCGUAUUCCGUGAUCAACGUGAUCGUCCUGCUGAAUCUACUGAUAGCCAUGAUGAGCAACAGCUACGCCGUUAUUGAGGAACACUCCGACAUCGAGUGGAAAUUCGCGCGGACGAAGCUCUGGAUGAGCUACUUCGAGGACACCGGCACCCUGCCGGCGCCCUUCAACAUCUUCCCGCCUCCGAAGUUGCUCUUCCGGCUGUGCGGUCUGCGGAAGAAGCCGCUCGGCAGACGCUGCAGCCAACGUCGACGAGCGCGUGAAUACAAGUACGGAGCCGUUAUGAAAGCCCUGAUAUGGCGCUACGUUGUGAACGCGCACAGCGAGCACGAGAUGGAACCCGUCACCGAGGACGACGUCCACGAGCUCAAGGCCGACCUGUCGUCCUGGAGAUGCGAGCUUCUGGACGUCCUGCAGAAGAACGGCAUGAACAUCGGCGACGUGGACAUGAAAGAGAAGACUGUACUCGGUAAGAAGAUGAAGAUCUGGGAAAGAAGGUUGAUGAAGGACUUCCAAGUGGCGGGCCCCGUGAAUGCCGCUGAAGCCGAUCUCCACGAGGAAAUAGCUCUCCAGCAGCCCGAGGAUGAGAACAAUGUCGAACGAUGGAAGAGAAUCGCGAAACUGGCCGUGUUGACCUCGACCGAGCGCCGUUGGAGUCAGGUGGUGAGGAACGCCGUGAAGAGUUCUCAGAUCGGCAGGAGCACCAGCAAGGCGUCGUUGCAGAACCAGCAGAGCCUGAAGAGAGCCAUGGAGGAGGCGAGGCGUAUCGCACAGAAGAGCCCGUUGUCGCCCAUCGUGCCGGUCCAAUUGCCGGAGACCACGGCGGCGACGAUACUGCACGUUCUGCACGACAUCGUCGAGACCGACGACGUUGAUAAAUUUCCGGAACCUCUCGGAGAUGGCACCCAAUGCUUCAAAGCCAUGCCACAGCCGAAAUUCGAUUCUAUCGACAAGACCACCGUUGCGAAAGCUACGGCGCCGUUGUUACCGCUUCGCACAUCGCCACCGCGAGUGAUCAAACGAAAGAUGGCGGCGCCCGUUCCCAGCGCUCAACCAUCGACCGGGCAACCGUCAACUUCCCAGCUGUCGGCUACGACAAUCCCGACUAAUGCGGCCGCUGCUUCCGCUGGCUCUGCCAAGGCGGCUUCUACGUCUGCUGCCGCCGGUACAAGCACGACUGUCGUUAGCACCACCGCCGCGUCUACCGUAUCUGCAGCUUCUGCGAAGACCACCGACGCAAAGACCGCUUCUUCUGCUACCGCGAAAUCCACCGCAUCCACCGUCAGCAUCGCCACCACCACCACCGCCAUCUCCGCAGCCGCUACUUCCAGCGCCGCAAGGACUCCCUCCGGUUCUACCGCGGAAUGUCGAGGCAAAUCUUCCGCCGCUGGGAGCGCAGCUGCGGCCAGCGUCAAGGAUGACGGCAGUUCGGUCAGAGCGCGUCCGAAAGUUUCGCACAGCCCUAAACUCCCAACUAUGCCGUCGUUGACGGUCAUCACGAGCAGCGGCAAGGACAACGAUCGCGAGAAGCUCGUCGACAUUAUGCCGAAAUCGCCGCACGGUAGAUCGUCGAGAGGAGGAUGGCUUUGAACGUACGGCUGUAAAUAAAUGUUGAAAUCAUUAGGACGAUUUUGUCGCGAUUUCGCGUUGGUGAAACUCGGAAAUUAAGAGGAAAAAGAAACACGAUCGUUACAUUACGACAGGUUGAGUCGUUAUCAUCGCUGAAGAUGCUUCGAAAGUAAGGCCAGACGUUCAACAACGUUUAACAAUGUAAACUUCUACGUCCUGUUACAUUAAUAUUAAAAUUCACGUAUCUCCAA